UUAUGCAGGGCAACAUGGCGAACAUUUUUGUUAUCGAAUAAACGCUCGCGCGGCGAUGCGCGGCUCAAGAAAAUAAACUCUAAAUACGCAAACUUAGUUUUUACUCGAAACGGCACUCGCCGAUCGAGCGAUGAGCAACUUCAAUAACAAGAACCCGAUAUGGGGCAAACAGCACGCGAUGGGUACCCCCACGAAGCCGCUGAUGAACCAGGGGGCGAUCGGUGCGGUUAACGCGGCCGGCAUGGUGCCGUUUCAGCAGCAGCAAGUGUUUCAAAGCGCGAUGGGGUUGCAACAACCGAACCUGAGCCUCGGGCUGCAACAAAUGGCGAAUAACCAGAUCAACGCGGCGCAGAUCGCCUCGAGCCCGUUGUUCCAGCACGUCGGCGCCGUUUCGUAUCCAAAUCCUAGAGCGCUGAACCCCACGGCUUUCCAAGCACCUCCGAUGAACCCGCAAAUGCAAAACGCACCGAACCAAGGGACUAAACAGAGGGUUUUCACUGGGGUGGUGACGCAGGUCCACGACAAUUUCGGCUUCAUAGACGGCGAGGUGUUUUUCCCGUGGAACGCUUGCGUCAAAGGCUCGAAUCCCAUGGUGGGCGACAAAGUACUGGUCGAGGCCUCUUUCAACUCGUCGAUGCCGUUUAAAUGGAACGCCUCCCGGGUGCAAGUCCUGGUCGGUAUUUCCGCAUCCCAGUCUCUACCGGCCGUCAAACAGAACAUUUUCGAGGACACCUCGAACGGUAACGACCGAUUCGCGAGGAACAACAGGCCGAAAGCCUCCGUAGGAGGCAGAGGCAGGGAUAGAUCGCGCGAUAGGGAACGGGAAGAGGACGAGGCCGAUAGGAAGAGGAGACGGGAGGAGCGCAUGCGCGAACGGGAAAAGGAGGAGAGGAAAUCGUCUCCUGUGAGACGUAGGUCCAGGUCGCCGAAAUCCAGGAGACGGCAGAGGAUGGUGCCCAGAUAUAUGGUGCAGAUCCCCAAGACGGCGUUGGAUUUACCGGAAGCUGACGUUUUGGAGGUGAAGCGACGCUACGGUAACCUGUACAUCCCUUCGGACUUCUUCACGACCAGGAUCCGGUGGGUGGACGCUUUCCCGCCGGGCAAACCGUUCGCGUUGAACAAACCGUGCUCGUUCCACGUCAUGAGCAAAGAGGUGGAGCCUCCCGGCGAGAACGAGGCCGUUUGGGAACCUUCCGACGCCGAUUACGCCUUCUCCGCGAAGGUGAUGUUACUGAGCGUGCCAGGACUCGAGGAACUCUAUCAAAAGUGUUGCGGCAUGGCCGAGGACCGGGACAAGCGGGAAAGGGAAAGCGAGGACCGGGACUUCAUUCAUCCAUCGAGGCUGAUUAGUUUUUUGGUGGGGCUUCGCGGCAAAAGCGAGACGAUGACCAUAGGUGGACCUUGGAGUCCCUCGUUGGACGGAGAAAACCCUCAAACGGAUCCGUCGGUGUUGAUAAAGACCGCGAUCCGGACCUGCAAGGCUCUCACUGGGAUCGAUCUCUCGGGGUGUACCCAGUGGUACCGGUUCGUCGAGCUCUAUUAUCGGCGGAACGAGUCGACGCACAAGGGCAAACAGGUGGCGCCACGCGUCGAAACGACCGUUGUUUAUUUGCCGGACGUGUGGAGCUGUCUGCCGACCCGCCUCGAGUGGGAAGGCCUGCAGCAGGCGUACCGAAAAAGGGCGGAGCGUAUUUCGAAGGACCACGGCGGCGAGAGACGCGACGUAGGCGGCGACGACGGCGGCGGCGGCGUCGCGACUGCGGACGCAGACAAGGAGGAAGAGGGCGUGGACCAGACGGGGCCGUCCGACGUCAGAGGUGCGAAGUUAACGGACGUCGACAAGGAAACGCCGGUCGACGACGAAAUGGACGUCGCGGAUGAUGAGAGGAAGUCGGAGCCGAAGCGGCUCGACGAGAAGGAGAGGGCGCUGCUGGAGAAACGCCACGCCCUCCCCGACACGCCCCACCUCCUCGUCCACCCGUCUAAGACCGCCAAGUCGGGCAAAUUCGACUGUACCGUCAUGUCGUUGUCUCUGCUGCUCGAUUACCGUCCCGAAGACACCAAGGAGCACUCGUUCGAAGUGUCGCUCUUCGCCGAGCUCUUCAACGAGAUGCUGAUGCGAGAUUUCGGAUUCAAUAUCGUACGCGCGCUCAACGACUUGCCCGACAAGCCGAAAGAGGAGGAGAAAAGAAGGAAACGGGGCGACGACAAGAAAAAAGACGAAGACGCGAAAGAUCAAAAGUCGGAGGACGGGGACAACAAGAGGCGACAUUCCGACGAUAGCGGCAACGAGGACGACGCGGACGACAAGAAGAAAAAGGAACAGCAGAGGUCGCAGAAGUUGUACACCCGCGACAAGCGGCUUCUGUUGUCGUUCGUCUAUUUCGAUCAGACCCAUUGCGGUUAUAUAUUCGACAAGGACGUCGAGGAGCUGAUCUACACGCUCGGGCUGCGCAUGUCGCGCGCCCAAGUGAAGAAACUGAUCGGGAAAGUGAUCGCGAGGGACUCGCUUCACUACCGCAAGCUGACCGAUAGGCCGCGCGAGGACGAGGAGGCGGAGCCUCAGGAACCGACGUCCGAAACGGACGAGACGACGAUCGGCAACAAGAGACUGCUGCCCGUGUUUCGAGAUCGCGACGGUGGCGGCGCCACCGUCGCCCAAGACGCAGGCCUGGUGACGUACGGUGGCGCCGUGGUCGACGUAGAGAAGCUGCUCACGCAGCUAGAGAGGAGCGAAGCUGCUAGGCUAGAGACCGAGGCCCGCAUGGUCGACCUGAAGAGCGAAAACGCGCGACUGACAGAGAGAUACUCGAAGUCGAGCUCGGCCGUCAAACACGCGCACUCGGAGCUGAAGGAGUACAAAGAGAAACUGAGGACGGCCGAGGAUUCCCUGGGAAGAGCCAACGCCCACUCGAAAUUGUUCCAGACGACCCUGAUCGAUAUCCGGGAUAAGAUCGAUCCGGUCCUGAAGACGGUCUCUCACAAGGAGGAGAAAGAGAGGAGGGAUCGCGAGCGAGACGACGCUAAGAAGGAGAGGGACAGAGAGCCGAGGGAGAGCGACAAGGAGAAAUCAAGGUGGGAAAAGGACGUGAAGAAGGAGCCGGGCGAUAGGGAGACUGCGAAGAAAGAGACGGAAGACGGGAAAACGGCGAGAAAGGAAGAGGACAGGAAAGAGGACGACGACGCGAAGAGAGAGGAGUCGAAAUAAUUUGCGAUAAAUUUGGAGUGCCCUUUGAGUUUGAAUAAAUUUGCCUACU